GUGCACUCUGGUAGGCACCUGCGCCUGACAGCCAGAUUGCCAGGGGAUUGCCCAUCGGAGCGCGGAGAGGGCGAGGAGGACCUGGCCGCGUACAGCUCGCUACACAAGUGCAAAGUAGGCGCGAGCGCCGUCGCAAGCAACUGCGACUGCACCAACGCCUUCGCGAGCACUGAGCGCAAACCCCCGCUGGCAUCGGUCUUCGCGACGUCGUGGGAGGAGGACCUACCCUUUGCUAUCGGGGCGACUAACUGUGCUCAGAUGAGCAUGGGAUGCGCUGGCGACUGGGUCCACGCGCUGACCGCGCAGGGGGCGCAGAUGCGAUUUGCCCGGCGCCGUGGCAAUUCAAGGGGGGGGGCCGAGAUGCAGACAGUACGCGACGCGAUGAACCCUGCGGCGGAGAGGGAGCGCGAUCUCUCGCUCAAUGCGUUCAUGGACUACACCGCCAAUAUUCGCGCAGCGGCGUCGAUGGGCCCGCCCUCCCAGACGCAGGCGAGCAGAUUCGCGGAGCAGACCAACCCGCCACGGAGCGCCUGGAGCGCAAGUUGGCCCGGGGAGGAUGGGGCCCCCAUCCAGCCAGAACUAACCAUCUGGUUUCUCUCCGAGGUCCAGGGCGCGACAGGUGGAGAAUACCUCGCUGCGCUAUUGAUUUGCAGAUCCGUUGGCUACGACGGCAUCCAGGGGACUCUGGCAGUGCGCUGGGCAAUAUCCGGAACGUCGAAGCUGGGCCACCUCUGCGGAGCCAGGCAACCCCUAGCAGCGGAAGAUUACGAGGAGCCCGACCUCAGGGGGCGCAUCAGCGGACUUCGGCGCCUGGCCCUCCGCUCAGCGGCAGAGAUGAGAGAGAUGAACCAUAUGGCUACGGAUUUCUACCUCGUGCCAGUCAGCAAUUGGGCGUUUCGGAAGUCGAUGACAGCGGACCACUGCUGCUGGAACCUAGUCAGGGAGAGGGGCAAGGGGCACUUGCUCACGCCACCGGGCGCCCACGCGGGGCUGGCAUUCAUAGAAGGCACCCAAGUGGCAGUGACGGAAUGGCAGGAAGACGAUGCCACAUCAGUGACAGCAUCGAUGGGUUGGGCGAUGGACACGCUGAACGACUUCCUGACGAUGGCGGACGGCAACAACGCCUACGGCCAAGCCGCGGUCGCGGGGGCGAUCAGGCUGCGCAGGGUUAGCGAGAGCUACGAGGCCCGCGACAGCAAGAACGGGGGCCCGAACGAGGACGAGCAGCAGUUCUGGGAAGGGGGGCACGGGCAAUAUUCAGAUCUGAUCAACGAGGGCCGCGACCUGAAGCAGGCAGUGGGGGUGCUGAUCGCGUUCGUGGGCGGCAAGGGGUCUCAGUCGGCGGCGCCCAAGAUGGAGUUGGGGGGCACGGGCAAUAUUCAGAUCUGCAUCAACGAGGCCCCCAACUUCCGAGCGGCGCUCCCGAAGGACACGGACGAGGGGACCAUGGCGAAGCUAGACAAGUUCCCGACGCGCGACCUGAAGCAGGCAGUGGGGGUGCUGAUCGCGCUCGUGGGCGGCAAGGAGUCUCAGUCGGCGGCGCCCGAGAUGGAGUUGGAGUGGGCGGUG